UAACAAAGAUUCCGGCACUUAUAUGUAACGUCAAGUGAUCGAGGGAGAGGAACGUGAGGAAAACACUCUUCAGCACCACCAGGAAAAUCUAACUGAUGGAGGAAUGGCUCAAAGUGGACGUAUUCUAGGCUAUGUUCCCAUGACUGAGUUCGACGGGCAGGUUGAGCCCACCAAACUAGUGCGGUUGAAGGUAAUAGGCGGUAGUGGACUAGCAAAAAAAGACAUUUUUGGUGCAAGUGACCCUUAUGUAAAGAUUGAAUUAAUAAACAUAAAUGCCAAUGGAGGAGAUGAUGUGGUGGAUGAGGUUCACACCAAGACCAAGAAGAAGACACUAAAUCCAAGAUGGGAUCAGGAGUUUGUGUUCAGAGUGAAGCCAGCUGAACACAAGCUGGUGCUGGAAGUGUUUGACGAGAACCGACUCACACGGGAUGACUUCCUGGGCCAAGUGGAGCUGCCGCUGGUCAACUUGCCGCGUGAGAUGGAAGGCCGGCUGAUCCCUCACCGACACUUCAAGUUGCAACAACGGAGAGGAUGGAAAAAAGGUUCCAGGUCCAGGGUGAAGGGCCACCUGCAGCUGUACAUGGCAUACAUCGCUGAUGAUGGCGCCAGCAACAGCGGGGCAUCAGGUGAGCAGACCCCAGAGGAGGCUGGCUGGGAGGUAGUGAGCAUUGACAACAGCAGUGGCCAGGAGGAGUCCCCUGCACAGCCUGUUGUAGUGCCCAACGACAGCCAGAGUCCUCUACCCGGUGGCUGGGAAGAGCGACAAGAUGCAAAUGGCAGGACCUACUACGUCAACCACAAUGCUCGCACCACACAGUGGGAGCGUCCCACCAGUUCCCAAGGAAAUGAUGAACAGGAGCGGUUUCAACGGAUGGAGUCUGCACAGAACGAAUUCAGAAAUGAGUUUCGCCGAAGGUUCCAUAUAUCGGUGGAUGACAGUGAGGUGUCUGGAGGUGGGAAUAACUCCAGAAUCCUACAGUGGCAACAACUUGGUGGCCAAGAAGAGGGUGAUGAUGAGGAUGAUGAUGAUGAUGAUGGUGAUGAUGAUGAUGAGGAUGGUGAUGAGGAGGAGGAGGAGGAUGGGGAGGGACACCAAGAGGAGGCACAACCUGCCUUUGAUCAAGUUGUGUCUGGAGAGAUUCAGGAGGUACAAAGUUCAGCAGGUCAACGUCCAUCCCCUUCAAAAAGUUCCCCUGCAACCCCUACCUCUGUCACCACCACUAGUGUCACCAGUAAUGCACCCAAGCCCCAGAACCAGACUACCAGCAGUAAUGAUGAGAUGCUUCCUCGAGGAUGGACCAGCCAAGUCGCUCCCAAUGGCAGAGUGUUUUUCAUAGACCACAUCAACAAGCAGACCACCUGGAUUGAUCCUCGCUCUGGGAUGCCAAGCUCGCCGCCCAACCAACGCCACGCUAACAACUUGAAACACGAGGAUGAGCUGGGACCACUGCCUGAGGGGUGGGAACAGAGAGUACACACAGAUGGACGGAUUUUCUUCAUUGACCACAAAAAGCGCACAACAACUUGGGAGGAUCCACGAUUGCUGAACCCAGCCAUCGCAGGCAAGGCAAUACCAUACUCCAGGGACUACAAGCAGAAGUAUGAAUUCUUCAAGAACAGACUGCCCAAACCGGCUAACGUCCCCAACAAAUUUGACAUCAAGGUUAAACGUAACAACAUUCUUGAGGACUCAUUUGCCAUCAUCAGCCAGGUGUCUCGUGUUGAUCUCCUGCGGACCAGACUGUGGAUUGAAUUUGAAGGGGAGGUUGGUUUGGACUAUGGAGGAGUGGCCAGAGAAUUCUUCUUCCUGUUGUCAAAAGAAAUGUUCAAUCCCUAUUAUGGUCUCUUUGAAUAUUCAGCCACGGACAAUUACACCCUCCAGAUCAACCCUUACUCUGGUAUGUGCAAUGAAGAGCACCUGCGGUACUUCAAAUUCAUUGGUCGUGUUGCUGGCAUGGCUGUGUACCAUGGAAAACUGCUCGAUGCCUUCUUCAUCCGACCAUUUUAUAAGAUGAUGCUAUCUAAGCCCAUUGAGCUGAAGGACAUGGAGAGCGUGGACUCGGAGUACUACAACUCUCUCCUCUGGAUCCAGGAAAAUGAUCCAGCUGACUUAGAUCUGACCUUCAGUGUGGAUGAGGAAACCUUUGGGAGGACCACAUCACACAACCUGAAGGAGAAUGGAGGGAACAUUCCUGUCACCAACGAGAACAAGAAUGAGUACAUUGAGCUGGUCAUAAACUGGCGCUUUGUGCAACGCAUCCACAACCAGAUGGAGGCAUUCCGGGAGGGCUUCAAUGACGUGGUGCCCAUCUCCCACAUCAAGAUUUUUGAUGAGAAUGAACUGGAGCUCCUCAUGUGUGGUAUUGUCUCAAUUGAUGUGAAGGACUGGCGAAGCAACACAGUCUACAAGGGAGAGUAUCACCCCAACCACAUUGUUAUCCAGUGGUUCUGGAGAGUAGUGUUGUCCUUCACUAAUGAAAUGAGAGCACGCCUACUCCAGUUUGUCACUGGCACCUCACGUGUCCCUAUGAAUGGAUUCAAGGAGUUGUAUGGCAGCAAUGGGCCUCAACUGUUCACUAUUGAGAUGUGGGGAGAAACCAAAAACUACCCACGCUCCCACACAUGCUUCAACCGUCUGGACCUUCCACCGUACCAGUCCUACCACGAGCUGCGAGAGAAGCUCAUCAAAGCCAUUGAGGGUACUGUUGGCUUUGCUGGUGUGGACUAAAUGCAACUUGCUGCUGCUGAUAUCUGUGAUGAUUGAUUGUAUGUCAGAGUUUAUACAAAAGAAAUUAUGAUUAUUUACCAUUCAUAACAAGAAUGCUGUGUGUGUGUGUGUGUGUGAGAGAGAGAGAGAGAGAGAGAGAGAGAGAGAGAGAGAGAGAGAGAGAGAGAGAGAGAGAGAGCAUAAACUUAUGUGUUUGUUUAUGUGUGUAUGUGUGACUGUGUAUCUGUCUCUAUGUGUAUGCAUUUGCGCACUGUGGUAAUGGUUUUUAGGAGGCAAUCAUGUUUUCCCAUAAUUAGAAUUUUAUAAGUGUUGGCAUUUGUUUACAAGUACAGAUGUUUUAUUUGCAAGCAUCAGUGAAUCAAUUUAAAAAAAUAAUUUAUGUAUAUUAGUUUUAAAUGGCAUUUCUUCCUGUUUCUGAUAUUUUCAUGAAAUAUUAGCAUCUGAAUAAAAGCAUAUAGAGAUAAAGAAGAUAUUCAUCAUUACUUUUUUGGAAUUAUAUUUAUGUAUUGUUUUGAAUGUUGAAAAAUGUUGAGAUUUCAGAGUAUUUAAUACCAGAAUUAAGACUGAACAAAACUAUGGUAUAAAUGAGCAUAGCUUUCCCUUAACACUCUACUAAGUACUAUAUUCUUCUCUAACAUUGUAAACUAUUUCACAUUUCUUAUCACAUAUUCAUUAGCUUAGCCAUUACUCCUUGUUGCUACAAAGUUAGUGAGUCAUAUUAUAGUGCAUUGUGGAAAGUAGAUAGAUUCAAGUCCACAUUUUAUAUAUAUAAUUUUGGUAGGAACAUUAGAGCCUCAUUGGUAGAAACAUCACAACUUUUAUGAUGAAUCAAACACUUGAUGACUGCCACAUGUCUGUGUUGGCAGGUGCCUGUCUUGUACCGAAAGUUCUUUCUGUCUUUUGUAUAAUGUGUGCGUGCAUAUUUGCUUUAUGUGUGAAUGAAUUGAACCAAAUGGUAAUAAUUCUGUCCUGUUACACAUUAGCAUGACUUUGCAUAAUAUAUGUAUAGGUGUCCUACUAAGCAAAACCAUAAGUGGGUUGUGAUGGCAAAGGAACUGCAACAUUAGAGACUCCCAUUGUUUAUGUUAUUCCUGGUGACUUCAGUAAGGGGACAAGUAAUGAAAAUUAUAACAUAAUGGGGAGAAAUUGACUUGCAAAGGUGUUUGUUUUAAAUAUUGUACCAUGGCCAUUCCUUGCAGGAGCUUCAGAAGGGAGGAAGCAUUAAAUAUCUGCAAUAAUCAUGGAGGACAUGCAGUGGUGUUUAUUCAUUUACUAAAAAAAACAAAGGUUCAUAGUGAUUCAGAUUUGAAGCCACCUCAGAGAGCUCUGCUGGGACAGGCUAGAGUCUCCUGAGCCAUCCAGGCCUGACAGUGUGACAGUCACCAUCCUAGACAUCCCCUACUGGUAAUGUGCAUUAUAUUGCAUGUGUGGCAACACACUACUUCUUACAAUGCCACAUCUGCAUGUUUUGGUGUACAUAUGACUUGGGCCCGUGGAUGGGACUUUUUUUUUUUUUUUUUUUUUUUUUUUUUUUUUUUUUUUUUGAAGUUUGUAAUUUUAAUGUAUCAUGCAUGCAAACUUACAUAUGCACACAGUAAAUGUCCCAUCAUGUACAGCUUAAAUAAGAUGAUUUUCCGUCUUGGUAAGAGAAUCCUUUAUCCAGUCUUACAUUACUGAUAAAUGCAACCUGUAACUUUUCUGAUAUUGACAUGUAGGGUGUAUAUACAUUUAUAAAUAUGUGAACAUAUAUAGUAUAUCUAUACAUAUAUAAUUUUAUUUUUGUUCUUUGUUAUGCAUCAGUAUUUUUAGUUGGUGAUUCAUUGCAUCAUGAAAAGCCGGCGUCUCUCACUUAAGUCCGAGUUGUGUGGCAAACUUGCAGGCUUUACCUGUUGUAAUGCAGCAAACAUGUAUUGUUUACUGUAUGUUUGUAGUUAAGUAAUUUUUGUAUAUAUAGUGUGCCAGCCUUGGGUGAAACAAAACACUCCUCUCCCAGACAAGCCAGACACAAUUACUGAGCCUUUACACUUGUUAUUUUGUUGUGAGUUAUCCAUUAGUUUAUAAGAUUUCUGUAACAAACCACUCCAAGUGUAAUGUUUACAUAAAACCAGUGUAUCUUGUACAUCUUGGUUGGAGCUCCUAAGCUUUUGUUUCACUUGUAGCACUGAGAAGACAUCUUUUAAUCAAGACUGUUGCAUUAUUAUUUUGCUUUUAUUAAGGCAACAGAGGUAGGAACAAUACUUAAUUUCAUCAUUGUGUACAUACUAAGAGGAGUUUGUGUGGGUAGAGAACUGUGUCUGUCAACUUACAAUCCUAUGUAGAUAUAGGUAUGUCAGUGACAUUGUUAUCCAAUAAAAGAAAUUUUAUAUGAUUUA